AUGGCGACAAACAUAGGAGAUGUGAAUGGUUGUACCGAGUCUGAUAUUGGAGAUUCAAGAAAAAGGACUUUAGAUACAGAAUUAGAUGUUGGAUCUACAAAAAGGUCACAUAAUGUCAACGGAACAUAUCAUUUUAAGAUUUUGGUGCCUUCUGUUGCUGCUGGGGCUAUCAUUGGUAAGGGUGGUGAAACAGUUGCUCAGUUACAGAAAAAGACUGGUACAAGGAUAAAAAUGUCUAAAGCCAAUGACUUUUAUCCAGGAACGACAGAACGGGUGUGUCUUGUCACUGGCAGUGUGAAUGGGAUUGUACAAGUUCAUGAAUUUAUAAUGGAAAGAAUCAGAGAAAAACCUGACCCAAAUGCUAAAAUGGCUAUUGAUUUUGACAACAAACAACCUGCAGAAAGGGAAAAACAGGUAAAAAUACUGGUUCCUAACAGCACUGCUGGAAUGAUCAUAGGGAAGGGUGGAAGCUUCGUUAAGCAAAUAAAAGAGGAAAGUGGUGCGUAUGUUCAGAUAUCUCAAAAAGCAAGGGAUCAUGCUUUAGCUGAACGUUGUAUUACAGUUAUUGGUGAAGUUGAAAAUAACAAAAAAGCCUGUGAAAUGAUUUUGGGUAAAAUUAUUGAAGAUCCUCAGAGUGGUAGUUGUUUGAAUGUUAGCUAUUCUGACACAUCUGGACCUGUAGCAAAUUUUAAUCCUACUGGUUCUCCUUUUGCUGCUGCUAGUAAUAUUCAAGGAAGUAGUGGAAUGAGUGUAAGCAACACUAGCUACAGUUCCAAUGGCAGCUUGAAUAGUCUAAGUCCAACUAUGAACAACAACUUUGGAAGCCCCCAAGGAGUAGGCAAUCCAAGUGGAAUGAUGCCAUUUUCAGGUGGGAUGGGAAUGGGUAUUGGUGCUUCAGGUAGCAUUGCUCAACUAAUUGAAAAUAUCAAAGCAAUGCUUGGAGGAAAUGGAUAUUCAGACCAGGCUACUGCAGAGAUCACAGCAGCAAUGCAUACACUAGCAAGUUAUGGGGUACUGGGAUUAGGACUGAGUUUGGGAAGUAUGUUAAAUAGCAUGGGUGGAGCACCAAUGAUGAGUAACAUGGGAAUUGGAACAUCUGCUUCUAGUAGUUGUGCUGCUCUUCCCCCAGGUGGAUUAACCAGUCAAGGAAUGUUUCCUUCAGGCACUGCCAUUCCUGCCUUAGAUGGUUCCUGUCCUGCAAGUAUUUCUUCUACUGGACCAAUGGGAGGAACAUCUAACAUAUUUGGUACUCUUAGUGGCAGCAUGGGGAAUGGAAUAUCUGGAUUAGGACUUGGUCCAAACUUCUCCUCACCCACAAUAAGUAGAUCAGGUGAAAGAUACCCAUUUCAAACCGAUCAAGCAGUUUAUGACCCCUUUCAAAGAAAUUCACCUGCCUUAGGAUCUCCAGGAGUGCCUAACUUACCCAUCAAUAACAACUCUUUUGGCCUUGGGACAAGCUUUAGUUCUGGAUCAUCUUCUCUCCAAAAAAGCCCCACUCCAAGUGAUCAAGUAGGAUUUGAAUCAAGUAAGCUAGAAAUUGAAGUAGGUGAAAAUAUUGUAGGUGCCAUUCUAGGUCCAAGAGGAAAGUCUCUUGUUGAAAUCCAGCGAUUUAGUGGAGCAAAUAUUCAGAUUUCUAAGAAAGGGAUUUUUGCACCUGGAACUCGUAAUAGAAUUGUGACAAUAAUGGGAUGCCCUAGUUCAGUUAGUACUGCACAAUAUCUCAUUGAACAGCAGAUUGGUGAUGAAGAAGCUAAGAGAGCUCGACAAAAUUCCAUUGGGACUCUUCAUUGAUAGAUCCAGUCAAUUUUGUCCGUCAUCCCUACUUUUCCUUAUGUUGCAAGUUUGUGGCUAUAUUUACUAAUAAGACCCUUUAGUGAUCUGGUUCAGGAGGGUUGUUGCAAGAUUUCCAACACAUCCUCAUUAUUUCUCACAAUGCUUCCCUGAAAAAGACUUAUUAUUGAAUUGUUAUUAAUUACUUAUAUUUAGAGUUUUUAUCAUUCAAAAUAGCAUUCACUAUGUUGUUCUCAGAUCCUUGUGCUGAAACUGCAUUCAGUUUGGUAACCCAUAGGUAUUUUGAUGUUUGAUCAUGUUAUCAUCUGUUAUAUACAUAUGAAGGUAGUAGGGUUAAGUUUUUGAUUCUUGCCACUGGUUAGUAUGGAGAAGGUUACUUUUAAAUCACUUCAUUUGGACAGUUGUUCACAGAAUGCAGCAGUAGCAUCUAGGAUUGUCAAGUAUGUUGUUACUACUACUUGUAUUUGUUGUGUUGAUUCCAUUAUUGUUGUUAAUGGUUUGUAUACUGCUGUUUGUUAAAUGUUCCUGAGCAAUAUUAAAGCUCAUCUUAGAUUGU